AUGCUCCUCGUAGUCGAUGAGCGGAUUCCUGGUACGAGUCGCGAGCGCGCGUUGGUUUUGUUUUAUCGUUGCACAGCUGGCACCAGCCGAGAGUCUGAUGACUUUGCCGAUGUCUGCCGGCUCUUCAAAUCUACCGCGCGUCCAGUAGACACUGAGCUGGCAGGCCGAAAGCCUGGAUAUCCUGAAAGCUAUUUUGCGCGGUUCCCACUCCACGAGGAUGCUCUUCGGCUGGUGAUCGGAAAGCUGCAGACCGGGGACGUCUAUGAAGCCUCGCGACACUAUCCCUUGCCGGAGCAUCGUUCCCAUGGUCUCUCCGCCCAAGCAGGGAUGCUUUACGUAUCCCUCUUCUUCCAAGUCAAGACUUUAGAGUCUGAUGCCAUUGCCAUGCGGGAGAUCGUUGACCGGCACUUCGGUGAUGUCUGGGUGAUCGCCUAUGCCUUGGGAUACACUGCCGAUCUGCUGCUGAUGUGGGCACCGUAUCCUGCAGCGCGACAGGCGCUGAGCAACGCAAUAACAGCAGGCACCGUCCGCCAGCUUCAAGAGUCGCACCUGGAUCGCUUGUCCAAGACAAGGUCGAAGCUGGGGGAGUACUUGGUAGAAGGUGUCCUGACAGAAGACUAUGUCUCAAGCAAGGCCCCGCAGUUGGUGAGCGUCCUCCGUGAGGCCAACACAAGCAUCCGGUGGCUGCUGCUGCAGCCCACUACCCUGGACAUGAAACUGCAGGUGGUUUGCAACAGCUCGGCCAAGAUGAAGGAGCAGCUACUGGGAACUCUGGUGGACACUGCGCUGCUGGAGGACAAGGUCAAAGGCAUCUUGGUCCCACUGGUGGCGCGGCGUGACGCUGACUGGACCCGCUUGAAAGAUGAAGCUGCACAAGCCAUGGAUGACCUGGCAGUCUAUUUCUCGGGCCAACACGCGCUGCGGCGCAACGUGCGGAACGAGGAGCUGGAGGAGUUCUUCCGGGCUCUGCAGCAGCGAAUCGAGAACUUGAGCUUCCAUUCCCAGGAGGACCUCCUGGCGCUGGGAAGGAAGGUGGCGCAGAUCAACAAGGCACUAGAGGAGGUGGCCCUUUUCCAUGAAGUCAGCCAGCAGCCUCAGAUUCUGCACUUCCUCAGCGAUGCCCGCGCUCUGCUCCAGAGGAUGCUCCGUACCGCGAGCCUCAGUACGGACGUUCUCGAAACCAUCGAGACGGUUGCAGACCUCUCCUAUGCCUGGCGUGCCUUGGGAACCUACAAGGAGGACAUGGGCAACUUGCUGGCUGCUUCUGGGUUGUUGUUGAGGAACUUAGAUUGA